GCCACCAAGGAAGCCGCUCUGCUGUCCCACCAGCCCUCCAAGUGCAGUCUGCCCAAUCCCAGCCACCCAGCCUGGGACCUUUGACCAGCCCCAUCGACCUGGACUCACAGCCCGACGCCAUGAGGGCCCUGCUGCUCCUGUGGUCCCUGCUGGCAUGCCAGGAGCCCAUGCUCGCGACCCCCCGCUGGAAGUUCCCCAAGGAGAUCAAGCACAGGGCUGGAGAGCACUCAGAAGCAGUUUUCACAGCCAGUGUCACUGUGACUGGGGAGCCCUGCCACUUCCCCUUCCAGUACCAACGACGGCUCUUCCACAAAUGUAUCCGCAGGGGCCAGCCAAGCCCCCAGCCCUGGUGUGCUACCACACCCAACUUCGAUCGGGACCAGCAGUGGGGGUACUGCCUGGAAGCUGAGAGAGUGAAAGACCACUGCAGCAAGCACAACCCCUGCCGCAAUGCGGGCACCUGUGUGAAUGGGCCCACAGGCCCCCUCUGCAUCUGCCCAGAUCAUCUGACUGGAAAGCACUGCCACAAAGAGAAGUGCUUCGAGCCUCAGCUUCUCCAGUUCUUUGGUGAGAAUGAUGUCUGGCAACGGUUGGAACCUGCAGGUGUGGCUAAGUGCCAGUGCAAGGGCCCAGAUGUCCACUGCCAGCUGCUGCCCAGUAAGGACUGCAGCACCAACCGGUGCCUCAACGGGGGCCACUGCCUGGAGGCCGAGGGCCAACUGUGCCGCUGCCCGGAUGGCUUUGGGGGCCACCUCUGCGACAUAGACUUGCGGGCCAACUGCUUUGAGGGCCGAGGCCUCAGUUACCGGGGCGCAGCGCGAACCACGCUGUCCGGGUCCUCGUGCCAGCCCUGGGCCUCGGAGGCCACCUACAGGAACUUAACUCGGGAGCGAGCGCUGGCCCUGGGGCUAGGCGACCACGCCUUCUGCCGGAACCCGGACAAUGACAUCCGCCCCUGGUGCUUCGCGCUCAGCGAAGACGACCGGCUGAGCUGGGAAUAUUGCCAGCUGGCACAGUGCCAGACCGCGCCCCAGGUGGCCCCCCAAAGCCGCCCUCCCGUCCAGGCGCCCCCGGAGCACGAGGACCAGCCCCCGCCCCCGCCAGGAGCCCGCACCCAAGACGCAGGCGCCCCGGCUGAGACCCUGGGAGGCUGCGGGGUGCGGCUGCGGAAACGACUGUCGGAGUUGAGCCGCGUGGUCGGGGGGCUGGUGGCGCUGCCUGGCUCGCACCCCUACAUCGCCGCGCUGUACUGGGACCGGGGCUUCUGCGCCGGCAGCCUCAUCGCCCCCUGUUGGGUGCUGACCGCGGCGCACUGUCUGCAGGGCCGGCGAGUAGCUCCCACCCCCGCCCCCCAGCCCGGGCUCCCCUCCACUUCGGGGCGCCCCCCGUGGGAAGCCGGGCAGGAGCUGGGGAUCCCGGGGCCGACCCGAGCACCCUUCUCCCGCCCUGCCCGCAGGCCGGCUCCCCAGGAGCUGACGGUGGUGCUGGGCCAGGAGCGCCACAACCAGAGCUGCGCGCAGUGUCAGACCCUGCGGGUGCGCGCCUACCACCUGCACGAGGCCUUCUUGCCCGCCUCCUACCACAACGACCUGGCCCUGCUGCGCCUGCAGGAGAGCCCCGACGGCAGCUGCGCGCUCCUGUCCACUCACGUCCAGCCUGUGUGCCUGCCCGCCCGUCCCGCCCAGGCUACCGGGGCCACGCCCUGCGAGGUGGCCGGCUGGGGCCACCAGUUCGACGGGGCGGAGGAGUAUUCCAGUUACCUGCAGGAGGCACAGGUGCCUCUGAUCUCCCUUGAGCGCUGCGCUGCCCCCGAAGUACAUGGGGACGUCUUCGGCCCUGGCAUGCUCUGCGCAGGCUUCCUGGAGGGGGGCACCGAUGCAUGCCAGGGUGACUCCGGGGGCCCACUGGUGUGUGAGGAGGAGGCCUCUGGGCCCCGGCUAGUCCUCCGAGGCGUGGUCAGCUGGGGCGCGGGCUGUGGCGACAGCAACAAGCCGGGUGUUUACACCGAUGUGGCUCACUACCUGGCAUGGAUCCAGGAGCACAUGGACUCGUGAGCAACCACGACCUGGUUUUUCACUCGUGGGCUGUGUUGGGUGGGAAGGUGGUUGGGCCCUGGUUGUGGAUGGCAAGAGCUGUGUUCCACCUCCACCUGCAGCCCCCAGCCCCCAGCCUCCCAGCCCAGGGCCAGGCACCAUGUGGGUCUCAAUAAAAUGCUUCUGAAGA